AUGUCUGACGAAGUCCCACUAGCUCAUCAGAGUCCGCCCAGUGGACUCUCCAGUCCGGCAAUGGGACCUUUCCUGUCCGAGGUUGAGCACAAGCUCUUGCGCUACCUUAAUGCGACUCACGAAUACGAAUCUCUUGAGAUGUUCAGCUACUAUCCUCGGGGCACCAGCGCCCGUGACUUUGCUGCUCUCACCAUGACUUUCUACCCUGACUUUGACCUUUUUGUGCUCGAAUCUCUUCAGCCCCGUCAUGGACUUCGAUAUGCCAUCGUCGAUGACCGUCUUGUUCAAUAUGACCCUGUCACCAAUAUGGUUAUCUUUGGUCAGGAAAAUGAGGCUCCAGGCCCGCAUGACAUGGCAAUCAAUACUGCUGCUGAAAAUCUUGGAAUCGGCCAGGGUGACAACGGUGUUGACGUUGCUCAGCAGGUUGGGGAAUUUGUGACCAAUCUCGGUCUCAAUAUGCCCAUUGAGAACCUUCCGAGCACUCGGGCUGUGAACUCCUUCAUGAUGUUUCGAUGCUUUUGCGGUCCGGCUUUGACUGGCCGUGCUGAAAAGAUGAAGUCGGUGUACAUCAGUCGUUUCUGGGGCGUGACCGUCCAUCGACCUCAGUUUGAGAUAAUGGCAAAGGCUUUCAACUAUCUUCGUGAUGUGUUGGGAAUGACCGCGAACCCACGCUUCUUUGCCUGGUUCAUUGGCACUCGUCUGUUCCGUCUGCCGGACCCCAAUGUUUACGUUCUCAUGUGUGGCUGGAACGUUUGGGUGCGACACCCCCGACACCUUUGGCCAGCGAACUUUUCGACUUGCAGCUCUAUUCCUGCUGUCAAUGUCCAUGAAGUCGUGACUUAUGCUCGUCUGGCGCAGCUUGUUCCACCUGUGGGCAAUAUCUACGACCUGGCUGAGAACCUCCCUCCUCCCUUUUGA